CUUCAGGAAGCAGUUGUGAGGACAGAGUGGCAGGAAAUGACAGAAAACCUGAAUACGGAACUGAAAUAGCAGCUCAGAGUUUCUUGCUCUGAAGUGGCAGCAGCUAGAAAGGAGUCGAGUGUCUUCGUGAGGAGCUGAGAGAGCAAACGCAGAGUUGAAGAUGUGGAAGUCUGUAGUAGGACAUGAUGUAUCUGUUUCCGUGGAGACCCAGGGUGAUGACUGGGACACAGACCCUGACUUUGUGAAUGACAUCUCCGAGAAGGAACAACGGUGGGGAGCCAAGACCAUCGAGGGCUCUGGACGCACAGAGCAUAUCAACAUCCACCUGCUGAGGAACAAAGUAUCAGAGGAGCAUGAUAUUCUCAAGAAGAAAGAGAUGGAGUCAGGGCCCAAAGCAUCUCAUGGCUAUGGAGGUCGGUUUGGAGUGGAAAAAGACCGAAUGGACAAGAGUGCUGUGGGCCAUGAGUAUGUUGCUGAGGUGGAGAAGCACUCUUCUCAGACUGAUGCUGCCAGAGGUUUUGGGGGCAAAUAUGGAGUUGAGAAGGACAGGGCAGACAAGUCAGCAGUUGGUUUUGAUUACAAAGGAGAAGUGGAGAAACACACAUCUCAGAAAGAUUACUCUCGUGGCUUUGGUGGCCGUUAUGGGAUAGAGAAGGAUAAACGGGACAAGGCAGCUCUCGGAUAUGACUACAAGGGAGAGACAGAGAAACAUGAAUCCCAGAGAGAUUAUGCCAAGGGCUUUGGCGGGCAGUAUGGCAUCCAAAAGGACCGUGUGGAUAAGAGUGCUGUUGGCUUCAAUGAAAUGGAGGCCCCAACCACAGCUUACAAGAAGACAACACCCAUAGAGGCUGCUUCUAGUGGUGCCCGUGGGCUGAAGGCAAAAUUUGAGUCCAUGGCAGAGGAGAAGAGGAAGCGGGAAGAAGAGGAGAAGGCACAACAGAUGGCCAGGCAGCAACAGGAGAGAAAGGCCUUGGUAAAGAUGAGCCACGAGGCUCAGCAACCAGUGGCCACUAGGGAAGAGCCGGCGGUGCCAGCCCCAUUGCCUAAGAAAAUCUCCUCAGAGGCCUGGCCUCCAGCAGGGAGUUGUCCAUCAUCAGAGCCUGGGCCUGUGAGAACCAAUAGGGAACAACCGGUACCUGCCCUGCCCCCAAGGCAGGAUCCCCCAGAGGACAAUGAGGAGGCCCCAGCUCUGCCCCCCAGGACUCCAGAAGUCUUCCAGCUGCAGGAAGAGCCAGUGUAUGAAGCAGCACCUGAGCCCGAGCCUGAGCCUGAACCCGAGCCUGAGAAUGACUACGAGGAUGUUGAGGAGAUAGACAGACAUGAGCAGGAUGAGGAAGCAGAGGCGGACUAUGAGGAUGUGCUUGAGCCUGAGGAUCCCUCUUUUUCCUCCACUCUGGCUGGAUCAUCAGGCCACCCAGCUGGGGCUGGAGCUAGGAUCUCAGCUGUAGCCCUGUAUGAUUACCAAGGAGAGGGAAGUGAUGAGAUUUCCUUUGACCCAGAUGAUGUCAUCACUGACAUUGAGAUGGUGGACGAGGGCUGGUGGCGGGGACGUUGCCACGGCCACUUUGGACUCUUCCCUGCAAAUUAUGUCAAGCUCCUCCAGUAACUGUUCCUGUCUUCUUUCUGCACUGUAACUUCGCAUGUCCCCAGUGGCUCUGCCUCCAGAUGCUCUCCAUUUCUGCUGCAAGUGUCUGAGAGAAUGUCAUGAGUUGCCUGAAGUUCUAGACAGACUUCCCUCUCCCUCUCCAUUAGGGUUGGGAGCAGAGGCAGCAUGAAGAAGGGGGUCUCCUUCCCCUUGAUGUCUUCUUUAUCCUGGAUACCCAGGAUGAUCUCAGGGAUGUUUAUCUUGUGGUCCCGCCUCCUUCCCCAGGAGUGACCCCUCUAACCCAUACCCCUAACUCUACUUUCCUUUGCGAGUGCUUCCUGGUCUGAGCUUCCUGGUCUGUCUGCAUGGCAAGGUAUGUCUAUAUUUCCUAGUUUUCCUAGGUGUGUUGUUUUCUCAGUUUCCUUCCCUGCAGAGAUAUCUCUGACUCUUCUCUCUGAUCGGUCCUAAAUUGGAAAUAAAGUGGGACUAUGGCUCACCUCUAUUCUGAGGUAAAUAGUACUUUUACGUGGCCUUCAAUGACCCUCUCUCAUUACAGGUAGAGGGAAUUUUCCUUCCCUCUUUCGCAUAUUCAGAAAAAUCCUUCCAACCACCAUUCAUCACUCUGUACCCUGGUGUCAAGGUCCAUGCCUUUUCCUUAGACUAUACUGAUAUCCAGUCCAAAACCAGAUAGGCCUGGGGAAUAGCAGUUAGGUUGGGAAACAGAGGCCAGGAAGGGUCUACAUUAAGCAGUUCAACUUCUACUGGCUUCUGCAGUUGUGAGAGGUCAGCCACCUUCCACCUGGGAGUAGUGACUAUAUUUCUUUAGUGCAUGAUGAUGCCUGAGGCAGAAGCACAAAUUAGAGGAAAGGAAGGAGGAAAAGAUUUGGCCAAGAACAAGAACAAAAGAGUAAAACUAAAAGGGAACAAUUGGACUUCCCUGGUAGCUCAGCUGGUAAAUAAACUACUGCAAUGCAGGAGAUCCCGGUUUGAUUCCUGGGUCAGGAAGAUCCCCUGCAGAAGGGAUAGGCUACCCACUCCAGUAUUCUUGGACUUCCCUGGUGGGUCAGACGGUAGAGAAUCUGCCUGCACUGCGGAGGCCUAGGUUCGAUCCUUGGGCUGGGAAGAUCCCCUGGAGGAGGGCAUGGCAACCCAUUCCAGUAUUCUUGCCUAGAGAAUCCCCAUGGCCAGAAGAGCCUGGCAGGCUAUAGUCCAUGGGGUUGCAAAGAGUCAGACAUGACUGAGCAACUAAGCGCAAAAGGGAACAAUGAGGGAUAAAAGGGUUUGGAGUCAAAGAUAGUGGCCUCUACUAAAGAAAGUCUAGGCUUCCCUGUAGCUGGAUGAAUGAAAUCAAUGGCCGUGUAAGAAGAUAGACUGAGUUUCUCUGUGGUACAUGAAAUUUCUCUGUGGUACAGGGCUGAGGCUGAUAGAAGAGGUGAGGACCUUUGGACAGCCAGUGAUAGGCAAAAAACAAGUCAUCAAGCAAAGUAUGGGAAUGAGAUCAGGAUGCAGUGAGUUUAUCUAACCCCAAGCCACUGGGAUUGGCAAGAUCCAGAAUAGGAGACCCUAGGCAAAACAAAAUCAAAUCAAAAUGAAAGUCAGGAUUUGGUAUAGGGUUGGUAGAAAAUGGGGGCUUUUCUGGUGGUUCAGAUGGUAAAGAAUCUAAAGUCCAUUCUAUAACCAAUAUCUAAACUUGGGUUUAGCUUUCAAAGAUGGAGAAGACAGUGCAAUCAAGGAAGAGCUAGGAUUGGUGGCUGAGACCCAUAGUUGUGGCAAGACUUCAUGAAAAUCCUUAGAGUUCAUUGGUAAGCUGCCCAUGUGCUUAGAACACUGUAUCCGUCAGGCUCAUUCCUUGGCUUUUCUUCAAGACACACACUCCUUUGUUGCCACAGUGACCUCUGUGCCAGUGAGACACAUCUGUCUCUACACCUCACUUGCAAGAUUCACCCAGUUAGACUUUCAGAGUACAAAACAGCCUUUAUAUUUGCCUGUAGAGAUAUUGGGGUUUCCAGGGUAUAGAGGUAAGUCACACUAGAUAUAUACAAUCUCAUUCUUUGCUUCAGUUUAAUUAGACAUCACACAUAGAUCAUACUUUGGCAGCGAUUUUCUUCUUACAUCCAAAUUCCACCUUGAUUUUCACUUUUUCCUUCAUUAUAAGACAAAAGCUUCGUUUCCAGGUCCUUAAGGCAAUAAUCCUUUCUGCCUGGGUUCCACAGACCUUACCCUCCACAUACAGCUGAUCCCUACUUUGGACUGGAUUUCUUGGUGUGAUACUCUUCAAGGGCUCUGCCCACAGACAUCUCCCCCAUCCAAGUUCUUAUUCUUGGGUCCACAGUCCCCUUUCACUCUCCUUAGCUGAUUCUUAAGCUGAAGCCAUUUCUAGCUCUCUUGCUUUUGUAAGAUAAUGCUUGCUGUUCAUGCUGCUCACUGUAGCUUCAUCCCUGUCUCUUGUAAAAGGCUUUCCUUUUUCUCCAAUUGCCCUCUCACCAUAAAAUGUGCUUUUUUGUAUAGGCCAGUGGAUACCUGUGGUACUCUGAUUUCCUGCUACAUAUAUAAUUUGAUGCCUUAUAAAGUGUGUUUGAUGAUGUUGAUCCACUCAAUGUUGCACUUUAGAUAGAAACUGGGAAAGUAAAGUGUACCUAGAAAGGUGCGGCCCACAAAGAGGUGCAGUCACUCUCCUGCCUGCCCUCCUGAACCCCGGGCUGCCCAGACUGUCAAGGAAGAGCCCUCUGCUCUCUUUCUCUAUACUUCUCACCUGGCUCACAGUAGCCCCAGAUUUUCAUCUCCCUUAGCCUACAUCUCCCCUUGCUUUCUUUUUCUAAUAAAAUAAAACCCCAAAAUGGA